GUUUAACUGUUAUCGGUAAAUUCAACGUCACACUAUAGUGUCACUGAUACAUACACAUGUGCAUGGCCAUUGAUACCCACGAUCCGGUGAACCCGGACCUGUUACAUGUACGUGAUAGUCACACAUGUGUCUUUGCCAGUGACUUGUAACUCUCGAGGCCAGAAAGUUUUAUUGAAGUGUGAGCACAAGGUUUCCUGAAACUCCAUCCAUCCCCAGAAGCGACAACACCGCCAUGUCUGAGGACAGGUCUCAUCCUGAUGUCAGCCACGACUCUCCAGCUUGUGUUGAUCCUGAUUCUGGUCAGGGAGCUGAAGGGGAGAAGACAUCAGAGGUCAAAAUGCCAAGGGAUGGUGUAGCAAAACGUGAACGCAAAUUAACAGAUGGCGCCGAAGAUGAACAAACUGUGGAAAUGAAGCUGAAGCAUUUGGAACAUGACUUCGUGAGAACCAGCAACGCCAUAACAGAUGAUAUCGUGAAAUAUCGAGGAUUAGAGUUAGAGGUAGAAGACUUGACGGUUGAACAAAAAAAGCGAGCGGAAAACCCUGACAAACCUCCACACGAAGACAUGCCGGAUUUACUGGAGAAGAUCCGGGUCCUGAAAGAUGAAUUGAAGGAACACAAAGCCGACCUGGAAAGACUUCGCACUGAAGACGUAGACGAGUUGCAGAAAGAGAUACAAAACCUGAAGGAUGAACUGGAAGCGCAGACACAGGAAACUCAAGAUACAGAAGAAUACAAGGCCGAGGCAAACCAAAAGAUCCAGACGAUGAAAGGGCGUUUCGAACAGCUGAACAAGGAUGCUGAUCUUGAACGGGAGAAACGCAAUGCUGUUCACAAGAAGAUAACAGAUUUACAAAGUAAACUUGGAUUACGAGAAAAGCAAAAACCAGUUGAUGGCUUCUGUGAUGAGAGGAUCAUCCCUGACAAACCCGGCGAAACAGAAGGUUCUGAGACCGACAUCCAUACCGCAUGUAAAGAAGGGGACCUAGAUCGUGUAAAGCAGUUGAUAUGUGGCCCUGAAGACAAAGACAGUCUGAGCAAGGAUGGAAAGUCCUUGUUAAUGACUGCAGUUGAGUACGGACAUAGAGAUGAGUUUGACUUUCUUGUUAGCAAAGGAUUCGAUGUGUAUCAGGCUGACAAGUCUGGUAACAACAUCUUACAUGUUGCCUGCAUUGGUGGGGACGUGGACCUUGUGUCUUACAUCAUAUCACUGGAGAUCAUUGACAUAAAUAGUCGUGGGCAGUUCGGGAGGACUCCUUUGAUGGCUGCAGCAGAAAAGGGACAUAAAAUAGUCUGGGACGUCCUUGUGAGUCAUGGAGCGGAAACCUCGCUGGUCGAUAACGACGGUGACAACGUCCUUCACGCAGCCUGCCUUGGAGGUCAUGUGCAGAUGGUGGAGUACCUCGUGGCCCAGAACAUCGUUGACAUCAAUAGUAGAGGAGACAAUGGUAGAACCCCCCUUAUGUCAGCAGCAGGGAUGGGCCAUCGAGGUGUGUUUUACUACCUUCUCAGCAAAGGAGCAGAUGUGUCACUUCUAUGUCAGAGCAAGAACAAUAUACUUCACGUGGCCUGUUUUGGGGGUGACAAGGCCAUGGUGCAAAACAUUCUCUCAAAUAACUUUGUUGACAUCAACAGUAAAGGAGAAUACGGCAGGACACCAUUGCUGGCCGCAGCUGGAAAGGGACACAGAGGCGUUCUGGACCUUAUUCUGCAAAGAGGAUGCCAUGCGACAUUAGCGGAUUACAACGGCCAUAACAUCCUUCACGUUGCCUGUCUUGGGGGUGACGUGGAGAUGGUGAAGCAUGUGCUGUCAAAGAAUAUCGUUGACAGCAACAGCCGGGAUAGUUGCGGCCGGUCUCCAGUCAUGCUAGCAGCAGUGAGCGGACACAGAGACGUGGUUGGUGUUCUGCUGGAACAAGGAGGUGAUAUAUCGCUGGUAGACGACAGCGGUAACAACAUCCUGCACUCUGCCUGUUUGAGUAACGACGUGGACAUGGUGACGUAUCUCCUCUCUCUGCAGAAAGUUGACAUCAACGCCAGGAAUGCUAGUGGGUCGACGCCAGCAAUGCUAGCAAAGGAAAAGGGGUAUAUGUCUCUGUUUGAUUCCCUUGUGUCCAAGGAACACUCAUCAGAGUAGCUAUGUUGACGAAGAUUGUUUGUGUAAGAGUUCCUGAUUAGCUGAAUCUGAACCUGAAUCUACGUAACAAACACACAUACAUCUACCAUUGUGCUAAUUAAUUUUGAAUUGCUUGCGUCUAAACUCAUUUAAAAAAAAAUCAUAACCCAAUCACAACACUUUGCCUAAUUACAAAACAUGGCCUUUUCACCGUGAGUGCCUGUAUUUAAAUAAUAAUGAGCAAAAUCACAGAUUUGUGAAAUAUUCGAUGCAAGUUGGUUGGUUGGUUAGUGUGUUGUUUUACGCCGCACUCAGCAAUAUUCCUGCUAUAUGACGAUGGUCUGUAAAUAUUCGAGUCUGGACCAGACAAUCGAGUGAUUAAUAUCAUGAGCAUC